UCAGAGCAGAACCUGCCCCACGCCGACCGACCGACUCGGACCCACAACAUCUGCAGCAAUGGUUGACGCUUUCUGCGCCACGUGGAAGCUGGUGGACAGCCAGAACUUUGAUGAAUACAUGAAGGCACUUGGUGUUGGUUUUGCCACCAGACAAGUGGGAAAUGUCACCAAACCAACGGUGGUGAUCAGCAAAGACGGGGACAAGGUGGUGGUGAAAACCCUGAGCACCUUCAAGAACACCGAGCUCUCUGCCAAGCUGGGAGAGGAGUUCGACGAGACCACCGUCGACGAUCGGCAUGUCAAGUCAACUUUCACCAUGGAGGGAGACAAAUUUGUGCAGACGCAGAAGUGGGACGGCAAAGAGACCAAAUUUGUCCGAGAACUGAAGGAUGGGAAGAUGGUGAUGACGUUAACCUUCGAGGGCGUCCAGGCCGUCCGCACGUACGAGAAAGCCUAACUUCACCUUUAACCCGAGAGAGCAGCUCAUCCCAACACUGCAAAAUUUUAAAUACCAUGCUCUACCUUUUCUUUUUUUAAACAAGACAACAUUUGUUUUGACAUGCAGUGAUUUGGAUUUGACUUGUUGUAGCAAGAUAAAUAUUUUGGAGACUGUUUUUGUAAGACCUUUUGUAAGAAAUCCAGAUGGUGAAGAGCUCAAAGUGCGUGUGAUGAAGGGAAAAUAAAACCC